CUCCAUAGCUCCGCGCUUUCACUGUCUCGCUCCAUGAAGGAAGUUCACUCCUCUCUUUCCCUACUGUAAACGCUUUUUUUUUCAAUCCCCUUCUUUCUUCAACCAAACAACCUCUCUCUUUGGUGAAAAAUCUCAUCGCCAAUGGAGAAAAAGCAAGGCUUCUUCUCUGCUCUCAAAGAAGAAGUAGUUCGCGGGCUUUCCCCUUCGCGCUCCAGGUCCAAAAGCCCUGCCAGAGCCCGUUCACCCAUGGCCACUCUGUUUCGGAGAAACAAAAACAACCACGGAGUCGCUUACGUGGCGCAACCGGAGUCCUUGAUCGUGAGAUCCGGGAGUUUCAGGCCAGUCGGGGAAGCGUUAGCGCCGCUCAAGGAAGGUCCGGAUCCGGAUGGAGGGGAAGUCGGGGAUUCGAAACGGGUCGGGUCGGGGCUAGGACAUUGGGUUAAAGGCCAGUUAUCGAGGACUCCAUCGGUUGCUUCGAUGAGUUGUAGGAGGUCCGAUCUAAGGCUGUUGCUUGGUGUCUUGGGUGCUCCUUUGGCCCCCGUUCAUGUUAGCUCCACUGAUCCUUUGCCGCUUUUGAGCAUCAAAGACACGCCCAUUGAAACUUCCUCUGCUCAGUACAUAUUGCAGCAAUAUAAAGCAGCUUCUGGCGGGCAGAAGCUGCAAAACUCCAUUCGGAAUAAGUAUGCAAUGGGAAAGCUCAAAAUGGUAGCUUGUGAAUAUGAAACUGCAACGAGGACAGUUAAGAACCGAAAUGUCUCCAGAGGUGCAGAGUCUGGUGGGUUUGUACUCUGGCAAAUGAACCCGAACAUGUGGUAUGUUGAACUUGCGGUUGGGGGCAGCAAGGUUCAUGCUGGCUGUAAUGGGAAACUUGUGUGGAGGCACACACCCUGGCUUGGUGCGCACACUGCAAAGGGGCCUGUUAGACCCUUGCGUCGUGCACUGCAGGGUCUUGAUCCUAGAACUACGGCUAGUAUGUUUGCUGAUGCACGAUGCAUAGGAGAAAAAAGGAUCAAUGGUGAGGAUUGCUUCAUUCUCAAGCUUUGUACUGAUCCACAGACACUGAAGGCAAGAAGUGAGGGCCCUGCAGAGAUCAUCAGGCAUGUUUUAUUUGGCUACUUUAAUCAGAAGACUGGACUCCUUAUUCAAAUGGAAGAUUCACAUCUGACUCGCGUCCAAUCCAAUGGUGGUGAUGCUGUUUACUGGGAAACAACAAUAAAUUCGUUUCUUGAAGAUUACCGUCCCGUUGACGGUAUCAUGAUAGCACAUUCUGGGCGUUCUGUUGUUACACUUUUCAGGUUUGGAGAAGUUGCAAUGAGCCACACAAAAACAAAGAUGGAAGAAGCAUGGACAAUUGAAGAGGUUGCCUUUAACAUACCAGGUCUUUCUAUUGAUUGUUUUAUCCCUCCAGGUGAUUUGAGAUCCAGAUCCAUCAGUGAAACCAGCGAACUCCCCCAGGAUGAAAGAGGAAAAAGUACAAAUGCAUUAGCAGCACACCGUGCAAAAGUAGCUGCCCUACAAAAAGCACAAGAUGGCAAUGCUGACAGCAUGGUUUGGAGAAUGGAAGCCUGAUUGAGUGACAGGCAGUUGUUCAUAUCGGUAGCUAGUGCAGACCAGUUGACUAAUCCAUCAGAGAGGUUACAAGGUAGAAGUCAUUUUUUGGACUUUUGUUUAUAUGCCUCUAUUAAUCUGUAAAUAGAGCAUAAUCAUUCACAGGUUCCAACUUUCAGCAGACCUGCAUGAAUCCUUAUACUCUCAAAGCAGAAUCCAACUAUGGAGUUGGAGCUCGGUUUUCCAGUUAGGGAUAGAGCUAAUGGAGGUUUGAUUUUUAGGUUACUUUCCUUGUUUGCUUCAAGGUAGAUGGUAAACCAGUUUAAUUAACCAUUUCAUAAUCUUACUAACUAAUGAUUAUUGAAUAUAAUGUAGCAGUAUAAAGGGUACUGCUACUGAUUAGCUUGAGUUUAACAGU